AUGGUAGGUGGAAGUAAGGCCGUGCCUCUUUUGAGUGGGAAUGGUAUGAUGGAGAAGGAGAGAGAGAUUCAAGAGCUGGAGAAAAAGACCAACUAUCUACGAAAGCAAAACGAUGAUCUACUGAAGAGGAACUUUGAGCUGGAGAACAGCAAUCGUUGGUUGUCUGAAAGGCUUGGGUUCCGAACUGCGCAAGAUGCCGAGACGCAACUUGGUGAUAACGAUAUCACCUUCCUCCAACUGCACGUCGAAUAUGAAAACGCACAAGUGCGCAUCCGGGACUUGGAACAAGAUGGUCUUGUCCAAUCGGAGGCGUUGAACACUCUGCGUAGGGAACACGCGACUGCCCUGAAGACUAUCGACGACCUCAAGGAAGACCUCAAAGAGCUCGACUGGAGCCGGCAGUGGCAGCAGAGCGAGACGGAAAGCCAGAUCGCUCAGCUUACGCUUCAGCUACAUGACCGAGAGGGAAGGAUCGCUGAACUCAACGCGAAAUCUCGGCCGCUCAGAUCCCGGGUUCUCUCACCCUCCUCCGGGAAGGAGAACACUCCGACUCCACUGCCUACCUCAUCAUUCGUCCCCUCGUCCCCCAAGACUCCUGUGAUGCCCUCAACGUCAACCCCGAAGAAAGACGCUCACGUUUCUGCUGCAUUUUUGCAAGCUCAACUUUCAGACAUACAAGAACGAUACGACAGUCUGCUCCGCAUAUAUCGAGAAAACGUGCAGCAACGGACAAAGGAACGAAAGCACUGGAAGGAGUUCAAGGACGCAUGGAUGGCGAACAAAGACAGAAUCCAGCGGAAGAGGGCGCGUGAGGCAGGAGGGGCGAAAGAAACUCCGAGAAAGCGGAGGCGGAUGGUCUCAGAGACCGGACUGGCAGACACGCCAAAGCGAGCCACACCGAGAAAACAACCCACCGCUCCGGAGUCACAGACUCAGUAUGAGGAUGACAUGGUACCGUCCUCUCAGCCCUCUCCCCCAGAAGAUCGACCUGCGCAAACGGCCAUCGCAUCCAAGAGUCAAGUGCUCGUGCCUGCAUCAUCGGAAACAGAUCUCGAAGGUGAACAAGGAUGUGAUCCGCCGACCGCACCCCCUCGCUACUCCAGCAAGCACGACGGAAUUAUCUCCCCUGCCACAUCACACAUCGUGGUCACCCCGCAACCUGUCCUGCCCAGAGCAGCCUCAUCUUUCUCGGAGCAAGCAUACCGAAAGCGUCAAAUGGUCAACGAAGCAGAAGACGAUACUUCGUCGCCAGGUGCGGCAGGAAAGAUGAAAGCACCAGCAUCGCCAAUCCCGGGUCAUCGCAAGCGGUUGUCAGAGGACCCUGCUGGGACCCCUCUUGCGCAGUUACCGGCGGAUCGGGAUGAGAGAGCCAAAGCUUUGAAGGAGCUUAAUAAGCUACCUCGGGAGCAGUAUGUGGACCAGUACAAGGUGUUCAAGGGCCACGGACGAUAUUCUGGCAACCUUCCGCGACCAGAUGAAGAAGGUAUCAACGCACGAUUUGAGAUUGACAAGAGCCGAAAUGACGGUAUGAACUACCAAUACGACUCGGUGGUUCGAAACAAGAACGCAAGAAGACAAUUACAUGGCGAUGACUGCGAGUGUUGUCGAAGAUACUACGAAGAUGUUGGACCGUUGCCCCCGCGUCUCGAAGCACCGCUCUGGAGGUCGCCACCACAUCGAGAUUUCCAAAAUGCCGUCUUGCCAUGUCCUCGAGACUCUGCAGCAAAAGACCCUCAGAUGUCGCGAGCUCAUGUACAGGCUCAUAAACAAGAGGUGUCAAGACAUCGCCAGGCAUGGCAGCGGUCACAUACCCCUCCAGACUAUUGGAAGAUUGGGUUUCCAUCCACACAAGAGGCGCAACAGAUCAACAAGAAAGCUGAGGAGAUGCAUAGGGAAAAGGCGCGCCAGAUAGAACUCGAGGCGGAACGGGGAGGGAAGUACAGGCGGAGGAGUUAG